AAAAGUUACUUAGCUUCACGCUAGCUAUUUGAAGAUCAGGCUGAAAGCUCCUUCACGAUUCCGUCUUCCUCUUCGAAAUACUUAGGAUUGAAAUGGAAGUUUCAAAGAGAUCAGUAAUGGCGAUGAGAACGAAAUUAAAGCAAGCAUCUUUGUUGUGGGUAUUGGGUUUUGGGCAAGCCUGUUGUCUUCACAGAGUUGUCAUUCUUUGUGUCAGGUCGAGAAAGCUUUUGAUUAGAACAGGGCAGUGUUUUCUAUUGAAUGGAUUCAUAUUCUUAGGAAGUCUAUUUGUCUUGAAAUCUGUUGUCAUCCCAGUGCUAGAAGGGAUGUUACCUGAUCAGUGCUCAGAGAAUAGUUCUCAAGAACUCUCCUUAUUUGCUGGUAUUUUAAAAUUUUAUUCCUACUUGCGAGCUGGACUUAUACAACUCUUUUAUGUAAGUAUGCAAUUAAUGAACUCAUAUUCUACUUCUAUAAGUUCUUUUAUGUAGUCUCUCCUACUUGGCCUGCGUGAUGGAAUUCAGUUAGCUUGAAUAUUAGGAUUACCUGUGAAUGAAAUAUUAUUGUACUGGAGUUGCCCAGUGACUUUCAAUAUGUUAGGACCAAGAGGUUUCUGUUACACAACUUGUUGAAAAGGCUUCAGAAAUUACACAAAACACCUUUUUUUUCCCUUUUUUUUUUUUUCUGUGGUUUUGCUCCUAAUCAGAAAAAAUUCAGUUUCUGUACACUGUAUAUAAUCACUUUUUUUUAAUAAUCAAUUGCAGAUAUUUUGGUUCUAUCCCCUGUACGUCUUUAGCUUUGUUCUCAGCAGUAUCUGGUACGUCUCCUACUGUUUUUUGAUGGUUGCAUGCCAUUUAUUCAUAUCCAGUAUCCCUCAGAGGCUCAGACUGUUUUAAGUAACUUUUAGUUGAACCAGGGUAGCAUACAUCAUGAUAUCCUCAUCUUUAGAAUGUCCAUGCAUUACAUCCAUGAUCCGAUGACUGUAGACUUUUUGUCUCAUAGGGAUAACAAUUUUUUUUUUUCCCUGUAAUCCCUUUCUGUCAUUUGAUCUUCCUUCUUCUUUUCAAGGGAAGAAUGUUUACCUAUUUAAGCUUUACAGUGAAGUUAUUUUAACAUUUUAAUCCAGGUAUAAUGACAUUGCAAAGCUUGGUUUUGAUGCAAUGAGGGAUCCUGAGCCUUCUUCAGUAGAACCCUCAAAACAAAGUGACACAUUGAUCUUAGAAAAUAAAGGGCAGACAGAAAGGCCAAGUGGCCUUGGAGGAGUCUUGAUUGGUAUAGGGGAGCAGGUCUACCCAAUACUUCUUUUGAUCUUCUUUUUCCUAGAGGUGAAAUACAGUUACCUUUAUUAUGCUCUUAUAUUCUUCUUUCUUUUGUUGGCUUGUUAAGUGCUAACCAUCAACCUUGUAGUUAUGGAAUUCUUGUUCAUCUUCCUUUUUUAUAGUUGUGUUUAAAUGCACAUAAAUCACAUGCAGGUUUCUGCCAUAGGAUUUAUACCAUUUGUUGGAAAGGCACUCAAUUUCCUACUUCUUUCAUGGAUGUAUGCCUACUAUUGUUUUGAGUAUAAGUGGAACUUUUCUGAAGUAAGUCUUGGCAACAGGCUGAUUUUCUUUGAAUCUAACUGGGCAUUCUUUGCUGGUUUUGGUAAUUGUGUCUAACUUGAGUUUUUCCCUCCAUUUCAUUUGUAUGCCAUGCAAACUUUCCAAAUAAAUUUUUUAUCGUUUUCCUACCUUUUAUAUUUGGGGCUGCUGUAACAUCUUCAACACCAUUAAUAUAUAACAGGAAGCCCUUGUGUUCUGGCUAUUUUCUUUGUCUCUCCUCUCGUGAGCAAUGGGAUAAUGGCUAUUCUCUUUCCACUAGUAUGUCUUAACAGAUCCUUCUCUCCUCAGUCGUAAGACUUAUCAAUUUUUUUCUCUGAGAAGUUUGGUGGCCAUAACGUACAUGUCUUUCAGUUUGUUCUUGCUGCAACAGGAUCAUCAGCAGAGCAAGUAAUUUCAAACCAAAAGAGGAAGUGGGGCAGUUCAGAGCUGGGAAGGCUUCCUGUAUUUUUUGCUGCAAAUAGUUUGUCAUUGUGGGUAUUGUCUUUCAUCCCCCUGGAAUCUCAGGAGAGAACUCAAGACAAGAAGGUGCUCUAAACAAAUUCUGGCUCAAUCCUCGUACAAUUUAGCAACAGAUCAGUUUACCAGCAUUUCACAGACGACAUUGUACCAGAAAUUUCAGUCAGUAUAUCUUCGAGGUAAAAACGCUAUCUAAGAAACCAUCUUGUAUCAUGUACAUAAACAGCAUCACCUCCUCAGUCUUCCUUUUUCCCCUCCACUGGGAAAGCAUGUACAGCUCCAUGAUCAUUCUUCAACCAAUACAUCAUGUCUGUGUCUAUAAGGUUGUCCGUGAACUAUACAGUUGACUUAACAAGAAGAGAGUGCUGUAAGCUAUGCUGAAAAUGCUAUAUUUUGAAUUCUUCCAUUUUUCUUUUCAAAUGCAAGAAAUUCUUACUGGACUU